CCACAUACUCAAUUUCUUUCUUUUUAAAAAAAAAAUAUAUCGAAGAUAGUACAAAAAUCAGAAAAAAAAUACAUUUAUACAUAAGACGUCAAAAUUACAAUGACCAGCUAUGAGGUACAACCGAUUGUGAAAGGGACAAGAAAGGAUUCAUCUCUUCGCAAGUACAACAAGGAAGCAGGAAAAGGCCCAUUUGGCCCGUUUCCGCCCGGGUACCAUCUUAAGAAACCCCCCACAAACUUACCCGAUGAGUCGUGUGCUGCACAGCCGCCUUCUAAAUCAUCAGCGGUGAAAUUCGUUUACCAGGGAGUGAAACGUGGCUUUGGUGGUGCAUGUACUUCUCUUCGUAAGGGGAGGCCGCACAACACCUCAGAUGAGGCCUUUUCCGUCAACGGGUCUGGCAAAAGUAAGCCUCCGAAGGCGGGCGCGUUCAGGCGGCGUCGCAUCCCACACACGGAAUUUCGUCGUUAUUACGAUCGUGGAGACCUCCCGGUGUCCAUUGCGCAUGGAAGCCGUCCUGCGGUGGAUUGGAAGGUGGAGGUGGAGAGAUUGGAUUACCAUCACUAUUUGCCUAUUUUUUUUGACGGCAUUCGCGAAACUGAAGAGCCCUACAUGUUUCUUGCACGCCAAGGUUGUAUGGACCUCCUCGAACGCGGUGGGCCUAAAAUUCUUCCUACUAUUCCACAGUUGAUUAUUCCCAUAAAGACUGCCCUGAAUACUCGACACCCCGACAUUAUUUCAGCUACAUUGCGUAUUAUCCAGCAGCUUGUGGUUAGUGGUGAUCUUAUUGGUGAGGCUCUUGUGCCAUACUAUCGCCAGAUUCUACCAAUGUUUAACUUGUUUAAGAACUUUCACAAAACACGUGUCAAUGGUGACGUCAUUGAUUUUGGACAGAGGAAGCGGGAUGACAUUGGUGAUCUUAUUAAUGAAACACUUCAGAUGCUUGAGAUACACGGAGGUGAGGAUGCAUACAUUAAUAUUAAGUAUAUGGUGCCAACCUAUGAAAGUUCCAUUUUCAAUAAUUAGAAAUAUCAAUGAUUCUGGUUCUUUCCUCUUGAUUGUAUAUGGUUCGCACAGCAACUCAUUAUUUAUGUACUCCAAAAAGUUGCGAUGUAACUAUGUAAUUUUAGAAAUUGAAGCUAUCACUUGUCCUUAGAAA